AUGGAGCGACCGAUAGCAUACGCCAGUUGUACCAUGUCCGCCACCGAACAACGGUACCCACAAACCGACAAAGAAGCUCUCGCCACCGUUUGGGCGGUAAAGAAAUUCUUCCACUACCUAUACGCGCGUAAGUUCACGCUGAUUACGGAUCACAAGCCGCUUACGCAAAUCCUCCAUCCAGAAAAAUCACUCCCUACGCUGUGUAUUAGUCGAAUGGCAAACUACGCCGAUUACCUGGCUCACUUCAAUUUCGAUGUGGUCUACAAACCAACCAGUCAAAAUACGAAUGCCAACUACUGCUCCAGAAUCCCAAACCAAACGGUCCAAUCGGAUGUCAAUCGCUUGUCUCUCCACGAGGGAAGAAAUAACGAAGACGAGUUUGAACAGUUUUCCUUACAUCAGAUUCAGCAACUGCCAGUGCGAGCGGAACACAUUGCACGUGAGUCACGAAAGGACACGAACCUUGGAGGGAUCAUUCAAGAACUGGAAUUGGGACGAAAUUUAAUGCAGCUGGGUUACAAGGCACCGGAAGCAAGAUACACCCUAGUUGCUAACUGUCUACUCUUUGAGCACCGUGUUGUCAUACCACCUACUCUUCGGCAAACGAUCUUGAACGACCUUCACGUGGGACACAUUGGAAUCGUCAAAAUGAAGGGAUUGGCACGUUCUUUCGUAUACUGGCCAGGGAUAGACGCCGACAUCGAAAACACGGCUGUAGGGAAUGUGCACAAUAUGCAUCAGCACCACCGAAAUUCAACACACAUCAUUGGGAGUACCCGAGCGGUCGAUGCGAUAUUAUUGCGAUGGAUUAUUUGCCGCCUACGGAGCACCAAUAACAGUUGUGUCAGACAACGGUCCUCAAUUUACUGCGAGGAAUUCAAAUCGUUUCUCCAGCGUUGUGGAGUGAAGUACCACGAGCUCUCUGCGCCCUACCAUCCCGCAACAAACGGACAAGCCGAGUGCUACGUCCAGACCGUAAAAAAUGCACUUAAGUCGAUGGGAUCAACCAGCAAUACUCUGCAAGCCAACAGCAGAACAGAAUUCCUGCAGCAGUAUCGAAAAGUUCCUCAUUCUGAAACCGGAGAAUCACCAACAAAGUUAUUUCUUGGUCGAAACAUCCGAACCCGGUUCGAUCUCGUCAGACCACAGGAUGUCAGCACGAAGAUAGCGGAAAAACAACGAGCAACGUUUGACUCGUCGUUUCGUUCCUUCACACCGGGACAACACGUCUACUGCCUGUCGGGAAAUCCUCGAAUGGACAAGUGGAUCCCAGGAAUUGUAUCUGCUCGUCUGGGAGAUCUCCACUACGACAUUGUUUACGAAGGAAAACAUCUAAAACGUCAUGUUGAUCAAAUUCGACGUUUCCACGACAACGAAUACAGCCAGAAGUGCACCCAGUCUCCAAGUGAAUCAAGCUCGAAUAGAACCCUACAAUUUCCAUCGAAUGGAACAGAAAACGAAACCGAAAGUGAGGAACCAUUCUACGCCACAUAUUGCUUUGAUUCGGAGGAAGUCCCGAAAGCGUCCGAAAGCCGGAAUGAGUGA